CACGCAAUGUCGCUUUAAAUACGGAGCAAGAACCGGUUAAACCCAGCUGGCUCGUGAGGACCUGUAUCCAUUUUCCUAUUAUUAAUCACGCACCAUUUCAACCCCAUCUUCUCAAGCACCUCAUCUGGAGAUCGCACCCCACGUACUAUAAAGAAAUGAAGAAUUGCAAGAUAUCCACAGAGCCUUCCCCGUAGACAAGCAGCCAAGCUUAUGACCUCGUCAAACGCCUGUCCUAUUUCACAGAGACGAAUCCGAAGCCCCCGAUCUAGUCCCAGGCCCUGCACAAGCCAGAGUAGAGCACCAAUAACCAGACCACGCGCAGCUUGGGAGAGACGCCGUACCGAUGGAGACGGAGAAGCCCGGCGCACUACGCUACCCCCCCCGCCUGAACCAGGCCGAGAGUGAUGACUUGGUUCAAGCAGUAAAGAACUGGGCCCUCGCUCACGGCCUCACCAUCCGGCCGCAACCUUCCGUCGUCUCGGACGAUGUGGACCCCCAGGGCCUACUCGCAAUCAACGUUCCCGUUACACUGUUCCCCAGUCCCUUCCCCCGCCAGUGCUUCGAUCAGGCCCGGUCUGUCCAGCAGACCUACAAUGAGCUCUAUGCGGCCAUUAGCCGGGAUGAAGAGUUCCUUGCCGGCGCCGUCGAUGAAGUGAGGGACGGUGAUGAGUUCACCUCCAACCUGUGGGACGUCCACUUGCGGGUCAAGAAAGAGGGAUACACACAGAAUCUUUCCCUUGGUCUGUUCAGAUCCGACUACCUCGUUCACCAAGACUUGCCAGGAAACGAACCGCAGAUCAAGCAAGUCGAAUUCAACACAAUCGCUGCUUCCUUUGGAGGACUCUCUGCACAAACGACCCUGCUUCACAAGUUUCUCUCAACUUCUGAAUAUCCUCUUCUACAACAGUCCAUCACCCCCGAGAGCCUCGUGCUACCGGAAAACGACAGUGCUAGAGGCCUUGCUGCAGGUAUGCGAGCCGCCUUCGACGCGUACGGCGACUCCGAACUCGGCCACGAGCGCUGCAUUCUCUUCGUCGUCCAGGACGGGGAACGAAAUGUCUUCGAUCAGCGACACCUCGAGUAUGCUCUCAACGACACCCUAGAUCCCAUCCGCGUCUUCCGCAUCCCCUUCUCACAACUCCUGGACCACACGAGCAUCGCCCAGACCCCGAAGCGACAGCUGCUCUACCACCUCCCGAGGAACCGGUCCAAGACGUUCGAAGCCUCCGUCGUCUACCUCCGAGCCGGCUACGGCCCAUCGGACUACCCGGACCAACGCGCUUGGGAAGCCCGCUACCACCUCGAGAGGUCCGCCGCCAUCAAGUGCCCCACGGUACUGACGCAAGUCGCCGGGACGAAGAAGGUGCAGCAGCUCCUGGCCACGCCGCGGUCCGACGCCGACGCCGACGCCGACGGCCCUUCCAUCCUGGGGCGCUUCAUCCCGGACCCGGACGACGCGCCCCUCUCCGCGCAGGUGUGGCGCACGUUCAGCAACAUCUACCCGAUGGAUACCUCCGAGGCCGGGCGGAAGGCGCGGCAGGUCGCCCUGGACCCGGAGCUCUGCCUCCACUACGUCCUGAAGCCGCAGCGCGAGGGCGGCGGUAACAACCACUACCGCGAGGACAUCCCCGUGUUCCUGGAGAAGACGCCCGAGUCGCACUGGGGCGCGUACAUCCUCAUGGAGCUCAUCACGCCUCCGAAGCAGGAGAACAUCAUCCUGCGCAACGGCAAGCUCGAGGAGGGCGGUGUCAUCUGCGAACUCGGCAUCUACGGCACUUGCGUCUGGAACCAGAGCACGGGCGAGUUGUUGCGGAACGAGGAGGCGGGAUAUCUGCUGCGGACGAAGGGGGAUACGAGCAACGAGGGUGGCGUGGCUGCUGGGUAUGGGUGCAUGGAUAGCUGCGCUCUGGUAUAA